GCGCUUUGAGUGAAGGCAAAGGGAGAUCCGGGUCUUUGUUCUCCUCGUUGCAUUUCCUCCGUCAUUUUUUACCUUUGGCACUCUAUCACUUUCAUCUAUUACUGUUACUUACCAUUUUACUCAUCAUCACUGACCUUUUAUGGGCUCACUAUCAACCUACUAAUCCCUGUUCGCUCGAAGCCUCGAAGCUAGAUUGCAAAAGGUCGUCGAUCUUCGCUCUUCCUCUCUUUUCUCUCUUCCCGCUUCCCCCCAUCAGGCCAAGCUCUUUAUACUUCACCUCAAGGCUUAAUCAUCCACCGCCUUUCCCGACCUCUUUCCUGUUCCUCCUCUUUCAACACGAAAAUGCCAGCCAUCAUCCCAUUCUUCAUCCCAGACACGUCCCCCAUAUUCACUUAUACUUCCACUUCGUCUUCGCUCUCUAAUACGUUCAACGCCACCUCUACCUCCACUUCUUCCAAGGGUACAGACAUAACAGACUCGGCAGUGGCAGAGGUGAAAGGGGAAGGAGGAUGGAUAGCGGCCUAUAGCCCGAUAGGCAAUGGAUAUGAUCAAACGUUCCAUUAUGGACAAGGAGUGAUUUCUGGCAACUUUAGUGCCUCUGCUCUAAAGUUUUACACAUCUUCGAAAUCAUCCAAUUCCUCUGCGGCAUCGUUGUCUUGUCCAGCUGAAUAUCGGCUCAAUGCGUCUUCGACUUGGUCAUCUGCCUGUGCCUCAUCCUCUUCCUCCGCGUCAGCAGAUGAAAAGGAGAACGGGAAAGGCGAUGGGGAGGGGGAUGGCGAUGAGUAUGUGAUUGAUAAUUUGCCAGCAGGCACUCAUCAAGUCGAGUUGAGGUCCGUAGGAGGAAAUGUAGAGUUUUUGGGGAUUGGCGGGUUGUUGGAUGUUGGUUCUUCUGGAAAGAUGUCAAACCUUACUGUCGACAACACUUCUCCCUCAUUCAUCUACUCUUCUUCCUCUUCGUGGUCUCAGCUCUCCUCUCCUAUUUCCUCUGCCUCCUCUUCUUCUGGAAACUCCUCUUUCACAUCACUGUUUAACACGACGAUUGACAACUUUUACAACGAGACAAUGAGUAUCACAACGGAAGAAGGCGCAAAGGUGGAAUUAAACUUUGAGGGGGAAGCGAUUUAUGUCUAUGGGUUUUCAAGUGUUAAUGGAGGAAAGGGAGAGGUAUGGCUGGAUGGGGUUUUGCAGGGGAGUUUAAAUAUGAUUAUGCCCUGGGAUUCCUAUUCAUCCUUACUUUACGUCGGUAGUGGAUUCAGUGCAUCCAACCACACCCUUACGAUCACAAAUACUUUUCCGGGUGGGCAACUUGUGAUUGAUUACGUUCUUUUAACUGUGAAGACUUCUUCCUCAACGUCACACCUUGUUCUCAUUGUCGGGAUAAUAGGGGGCACAUCUGCCUUUUUCCUUAUUUUGGGAGCUAUCGCUUACAUCCUCUACGUCCGACGCCGCCUCCCUGUCAGCCAAAGGAAUGGCCAGCCGCGGUACGCCUUUUCCAAGGGAUACGGCAACAGGGACUACAUGUCGCAAGACGCUGGGAGCAAAGUCGACUUGUGGCGAAAGAUGAUGGGCGGGACAAGUACACCGGGUGAUAGUCUGACUGCGAGUUCGGCGGCGCCGACACCGAUAUCUUUUGCCAAGGAUGGGGGGGUGAACCUCACCCCCGGCAGUGGGAGUGGGAUGGGUACAGAUAGGAGUCCGACACCAGAAUAUCCCGAUUAUGUCCCUUAUCGAGGACCUAUCGAACCCCAUCCCCCCCACACCGCCAGCUUUUCAAUUCCCGGCUCGGGACAAGAAAAAGUCUUAGCCUAUACGGGGAUGACGGCCUCCCCAUUAUCUUCUGCUGGCGGAAGAAUGGGAUCAACCAGGUCAAGUUCAAGCAGGUCAAGUACACCGCGCCUACCGUUAGUAGCGGGAGCGAACCCGAGUGCGACAGGGUGGUUGUUAGCGCGGGGGGGGCAGCAGGCGUGGAACAUUUCGCCGAUAUCGAGUAGAGAGGGAGGAGAAGGGCUGAGUAGGGAUGGGAGUCAGAGUACGAACAGGAGUGGGGGAAGUAGGGCCGCCUCUCUGGAGAGUUGGUCUGCUGGAGAGUCGAGAAGGGAUAGGGAUAGAGAAAGAGAAGACGGGUUUGAUGAGAUUGUGUUGGUUGACCACCAAGCCCCGGUCAGCCCACCGCCAUUCUCGGGUGUAACUUGUCCCUCUUCUCGAUCUGGAAGGAGUACCGGCACCGGUACCAAGAUCGUCCCACAAUCUCCAACAUCAAGCAUCUCAACACCUUCUUCACUAGGAUUAUCGGGCAUCCAAGCUCGAGCUGUACCAGCUUCGAGGUCUGUAGCGAGGUUAUGGCCUGCAAGGGAUGCUGUACCGUCAUCGUAUCGAGUAGAUUCGUCUUUCCGGCGGGGUAUGUCUGCGCUCAGCUCCGCUUCUCUCGCUCUCAAUCCAUCCACGUCAGUUGACGCCCUCCCACAUGCACCUCCUAACAGCACUUCCUCCCCGACUUUGCGGAGAGGGGUCAGCAUUAAAUCCAUCAAGACGAUGCGGUCCUUCUUUUCUGGGCUGAUCUUCCUGCCCCCAUCGUCUAACGCUGGUGCCGUGGGUUUGGGCGGGAAUGGGGCAUCACCGAUCCCGAGUAGUCCUGCAUUACCCAUGACAGCUGCAAGACCCGAUAGCGGGAUCUUCCCCGUCUUUGGGGGUCUAUCAAGAGGGCCAUCAAAGGUGGAUAGGGGCAGGGUCCCAAAAGGAUACUCGAACACUAGUUCAACUGUCCCGCCCGCCCCUAGAUCCGGAUCCACUUCCAAACAACACCACACUCCUGCUUUACCUAUUAUCAGGUCAGGUAAUGGCUCGAGCCUUCAAAGACACGGCGCAGAGGAGGAAGAAGAAGAAAGGGGUGAUGGAUCGCCUCAUUUCUUCAUUGAGCUGAAUCCGAACAGCCCGAUCAUGGCUAGCAGACCUGCUAGUUUAUGGACGAGGUAUACUAGGGCUAGUGGACCAGGGUUCCAUGGCACUUGGGAGCCGUAGGUUUGAUACAAAGAACUAUAUGCAUUUUCAUUUUAG